CUUCUUCAGCAGCUUCUUCUGCUUUCAAUCACUCGCCGACGAUUUUCUCACCGGAAAAAUUAAUCAUUGCGGAUACACAAACUAUAAUGGACCUUCUCUUGUUGGAGAAGUCUUUAAUCGCCGUCUUCGUGGCGGUGGUUCUCGCCACGGUGAUUUCUAAGCUCCGCGGCAAGAAAUUGAAGCUACCUCCAGGUCCUAUGCCGGUUCCGAUCUUCGGAAACUGGCUUCAAGUCGGAGAUGAUCUUAACCACCGUAAUCUCGUCGAUUACGCUAAAAAAUUCGGCGAUCUCUUCCUCCUCAGGAUGGGUCAGCGUAACCUAGUCGUCGUCUCUUCACCGGAUCUAACCAAGGAAGUGCUCCACACACAAGGCGUUGAGUUUGGAUCUAGAACGAGAAACGUCGUGUUCGACAUUUUCACCGGGAAAGGUCAAGAUAUGGUUUUCACUGUUUACGGAGAGCAUUGGAGGAAGAUGAGAAGGAUCAUGACGGUUCCGUUCUUCACCAACAAAGUUGUUCAACAGAAUCGUGAAGGUUGGGAAUUUGAAGCUGCGAGUGUUGUUGAAGAUGUGAAGAAGAAUCCAGAUUCUGCUACUAAAGGAAUCGUGUUGAGGAAACGUUUGCAAUUGAUGAUGUAUAACAAUAUGUUCCGUAUCAUGUUCGAUAGAAGAUUUGAGAGUGAGGACGAUCCUCUUUUCCUUAGGCUUAAGGCUUUGAAUGGUGAGAGAAGUCGAUUAGCUCAGAGCUUUGAGUACAACUAUGGAGAUUUCAUUCCUAUCCUUAGACCAUUCCUUAGAGGUUAUUUGAAGAUUUGUCAAGAUGUGAAGGAUCGAAGAAUCGCUCUUUUCAAGAAGUACUUCGUUGAUGAGAGGAAGCAAAUUGCGAGUUCUAAGCCUACAGGUAGUGAAGGAUUGAAAUGUGCCAUUGAUCAUAUCCUUGAAGCUGAACAGAAGGGAGAAAUCAAUGAGGACAACGUUCUUUACAUCGUCGAGAACAUCAACGUCGCUGCGAUUGAGACAACAUUGUGGUCAAUCGAAUGGGGAAUUGCGGAGCUAGUGAACCAUCCUGAAAUCCAGAGUAAGCUAAGGAAUGAAAUCGACACGGUUCUUGGACCUGGUGUGCAAGUGACUGAGCCUGAGCUUCACAAGCUUCCAUACCUUCAAGCAGUGAUCAAGGAGACACUUCGUCUAAGAAUGGCGAUUCCUCUCCUCGUGCCUCACAUGAACCUCCACGACGCCAAGCUCGCUGGCUACGAUAUCCCAGCAGAAAGCAAAAUCCUUGUCAAUGCUUGGUGGCUAGCAAACAAUCCCAACAGCUGGAAGAAACCUGAAGAGUUUAGACCAGAGAGGUUCUUUGAAGAAGAAGCGCACGUGGAAGCGAAUGGUAAUGACUUCAGGUUUGUGCCGUUUGGUGUUGGACGUAGAAGCUGUCCCGGGAUUAUAUUAGCAUUGCCCAUUUUGGGAAUCACCAUUGGUAGGAUGGUCCAAAACUUCGAGCUGCUUCCUCCUCCAGGACAGUCUAAAGUGGAUACUAGUGAGAAAGGUGGACAAUUCAGCUUGCACAUCCUUAACCACUCCACAAUCGUUAUGAAACCAAGGAACUUUUAAAUUUUCUGCAAAAAGAACAAAGAACAAAAUGACUUUAUAUAAUGAUGUUUGUGAAAUCUGUUGAAUAUUCCCAUGUUUUGCUUUUGUGAGAUGUUUUGUGUAAAAUGUCUUUAAAUGGCUCGUUCUAUCGAUUGCAAUAAUUAGUGGUGCCCAUUGUUUUGAAUGGACAUUGAUGUUAUAUCA